CUGCUAGGACUCCGCUCUUACUUACUGGACGAGGCGUCGAGAGAGAAUGAGCCUCACCCACCACCACACCUACCACAUCAGUUAGGAGCCGCUCAUAGGGCUCUAAUAUGGAGAGACGGACCGGCUGGUUUCGAGCCUUACGUUCACGUGUCUUGGUUCGUCUUUCCUCUACGUCUGGGAGCGUUAUUGGCGCUCGUGUCUGUGUCCUUGGUGUUAGCCAGCGCUCUUACAUUGGUUAUACCGGUAGCCAUUGGUAGAAAAGUAAUGACAAUCUGGCUACCAAAGGCAUCAGAGGGAGUUCACGAGCUAUACACUGCCGCGUAUGUAUGUGUGUUGGGCGGUUGGUCGCGGUGGUGCGUUGGCCGCUGGGUGGGCUUGAGGUGGUCGUGCUGCACUACUGGCUCGUGCGGCACUAUGGACCAGGCGGGCGUCACGCUCGGCACUAGCGGCACUGGCGCUGCUGGGAUUAGUGCCGCUCAUGUUCGGACUGCUGCUGGAACUGUGAUUCCUCUCAGGGUUCCCUUGGAGCAGUCUCCGGUACUGUUUGUAUUGCAGGACUGGGCUCUUGGUGUUCUGUACACUAAGAUAGUCUGCGCUCUCAUAAUGAUGGGAUCCGAUUGGAGUUUGAGACGGGCCAUUGAGAAAGCUUAUAGAGACGGCAUUAGAGAAAUGGAUUUGCAAUUUAUCCUGCGGUCGGUUGCCGCGCCACUGGUCCGUUGGCUGGGUCUCGCGUUGGUUGUACCGUACGUGCUCGCACACAGUGUGGCGCCACUUGUACUGAGUGCUCACGCGCAGAGGAACCUGCUGGUGCGCCGGGUGUACCCCGCCCUGUUACUCAUAGCAUUACUGGCUGCGCUCGCCCUCUUCCAGAUUCGUCAAUUCACAAAACUGUACGAGCACAUAAAGAACGACAAAUACCUGGUGGGUCAGCGACUCGUGAACUAUGAUCACCGGCGACACAAACACACGGUCACCUCCAACUGUUGA